CUGCUGUGACCCCUUCCUCCCCAAAAGGAGCCCCAGCAACCCCUUCCCCAAAACAAACCCUAGCCUCUCCACCUCCCAAAGAGGCUCCCACUUCCCCAGCUAUGGCUCCUCCCUCUUCCAAAAGAACGCCAGUUAACCCACCUCCAAAGGAGGACUCCACUCCCCCACCUGUGACUCCUCCCUCCCCCAAAGAGAGCCCAGCAACUCCAUCUCCCAAAAAAGCCCCAGCUAGCCCACCUCCAAAGGGUGAGUCCACUCCCCCACCUGUGACUCCCUCCUCCCCCAAAGGGAGCCCAGCAACUCCAUCUCCCAAAAAAGCCCCAGCUAGCCCACCUCCAAAGGGUGAGUCCACUCCCCCACCUGUGACUCCCCCCUCCCCCAAAGGGAGCCCAGCAACUCCAUCUCCCAAAAAAGCCCCAGCUAGCCCACCUCCAAAGGGUGAGUCCACUCCCCCACCUGUGACUCCCCCCUCCCCCAAAGGAAGCCCAGCAACUCCAUCUCCCAAAAAAGCCCCAGCUAGCCCACCUCCAAAGGGUGAGUCCACUCCCCCACCUGUGACUCCCCCCUCCCCCAAAGGGAGCCCAGCAACUCCAUCUCCCAAAAAAGCCCCAACUAACCCACCUCCAAAGGGUGAGUCCACUCCCCCACCUGUGACUCCCCCCUCCCCCAAAGGGAGCCCAGCAACUCCAUCUCCCAAAAAAGCCCCAGCUAGCCCACCUCCAAAGGGUGAGUCCACUCCCCCACCUGUGACUCCCCCCUCCCCCAAAGGGAGCCCAGCAACUCCAUCUCCCAAAAAAGCCCCGGCUAGCCCACCUCCAAAGGGUGAGUCCACUCCCCCACCUGUGACUCCCCCCUCCCCCAAAGGGAGCCCAGCAACUCCAUCUCCCAAAAAAGCCCCAACUAACCCACCUCCAAAGGAAGAGUCCACUGCCCCACCUGUGACGACUCCUUCCCCCAAAGGGAGCCCAGCAACUCCAUCUCCCAAAAGAGCCCCAACUAACCCACCUCCAAAGGAAGAGUCCACUCCCCAACCUGUGACUCCCCCCUCCCCCAAAGGGAGCCCAGCAACUCCAUCUCCCAAAAAAGCCCCAGCUAGCCCACCUCCAAAGGGUGAGUCCACUCCCCCACCUGUGACUCCUCCAUCUCCAAAAAAGGCCCCGGCAACUCCAUCACCCAAAGGAACCCCCACUCCAUCUGCUAUGACUUCUCCCCCCAAAAGGGGUCCAGCAACCCCACCUCUCACAGGAGACCCUGCUCCCCCAUCUGUGGCUCCUCUCUCCCCCAAAAGAGCCUCAGCAAUUCUGGCUCCCACAGAGUCUCCAGCAACUCCAGACCCCAAAGAGCUCCCCACUUUCGCAGCCAUGACUCCUUCCCCCAAAGAGGCCUCAGCAACACCAUCACUGAAAGGAACCCCUGCUCCUUUAGCUGUGGCUCCUCCCUCCUCCAAAGGGACUCCGACCCCCAAAAGAGCCUCAGUAACUCCAGCCGCCAAAGAGGUCCCUACUUCCCCAGCUGUGACUCCUUCCACCAAAAAAGCAACAGGAACCCCAGUCCCCAAAGAGGUACCCACUCCCUCAGCUGUAAUUCCUCCCUCCCCAAAAAAGUCUCCAGUCCCCAAAGAGGGCCCAGCAACCUCAUCCUCCACAGGGGCUCCCACUCCCCCAACUGUGAUUCCUCUCUCUCCCAAAGAGGCCCCUGCUUCCCCAGUUUCAGUCACAUGUCCCUUGGGGUCCACUGCCCCUCAGGCAUCUAAAGGGCCCCCAGUAAAGAAAGGCCCCACAGCUGUCAAAGCAGCGCUUGAUGGUUCAGCUCCAGAAAGUGCACCGGUCAUCACAACUCCCACUCAGAAAGGUCCACCAGCCAAGAAGAGUUCUGUUUCACCACCUGUCUGCCCAGAUCCCUCAGCUCAGAAUGGUACUAAAGGACCCCUUCCUGCAGUGGCUCCAGCUCCUCUACUGACAGUCUCUACUCAGAAAGGUUCUUCUCCAAAGGCUCCAAAAGCCCUCCCUGUCUCUCCCUUAAAGGGCAAGGAUUCUCUCCAUUCCCCAAAGGGCCCCUUGGCUCCUCCUCCUGAGUCAGAGACAUCUACCCCUUCAGCAACAGCUGCCCCAGAGAAGGUCCUUCCUAGAGCUGGAUCAGCGUCUGUCUCUCCAGCACCUACCCCGUCAGUCUCUCUGCCUCUUGCUUCCUCCCCAGUUCCCCCUCUGCUUCCUAAACAGCAAUUUCUGCCGUCCUCACCUGGGCUGGUGCUGGAAUCACCCUGUAAGCCCUCAGCCCCUGCUGAUGAGGAUGAGCUGCCGCCUCUGAUUCCCCCGGAACCAAUCUCAGGGGGAGUGCCUUUCCAGCCGGUCCUCGUCAACAUGCCCACCCCCAAACCUGCCGGGAUCCCUGCCCCGACCCCCUCUGCCAAGCAGCCUGUUUUGAAGAACAAUAAGGGGUCUGGAACAGAAUCUGAUAGUGAUGAAUCAGUCCCAGAGCUUGAAGAGCAGGAUUCUACACAGGCAACCACACAGCAAGCUCAGCUGGCAGCGGCAGCUGAAAUCGAUGAAGAACCAGUCAGUAAAGCAAAACAGAGCCGGAGUGAAAAGAAGGCACGGAAGGCUAUGUCCAAACUGGGCCUUCGACAGGUUACAGGGGUUACUAGAGUCACUAUCCGGAAAUCUAAGAAUAUCCUUUUUGUCAUCACAAAACCAGAUGUGUACAAGAGCCCAGCUUCAGAUACCUACAUUGUUUUUGGGGAAGCCAAGAUUGAGGAUUUAUCUCAGCAAGCACAGUUAGCAGCUGCUGAGAAAUUCAAAGUUCAAGGUGAAGCUGUCUCAAACAUCCAAGAAAACACACAGACUCCAACUGUACAAGAGGAGAGUGAAGAGGAAGAGGUUGAUGAAACAGGUGUGGAAGUUAAGGACAUAGAAUUGGUCAUGUCACAAGCAAACGUGUCUAGAGCAAAGGCAGUCCGAGCCCUGAAGAACAACAGCAAUGACAUCGUAAACGCUAUUAUGGAAUUAACAAUGUAACCAUCUGAAAAGAGGACCUUUUUUUGGUGUUUCAAAAGAGUAACUGCAGCUGGGUUUGAAAUUUGUACUGUUUCUAUCAUUAAUAAAGUUAUGGCUUCUUGUUGGAUGAA